AUGGCUUCUCCAUUAAUCAUUGAGAGUAGAGUCUCUUCAAUAGCAUCCUUAUCUUCUCCUCCGCCUCCUUAUUCUCUCUCCUUCCCUCUUCCUCCCUUACGAAACUAUGACGUUUUCCUCAGCCACAGAGCUAAGGACACUGGAUGUAGUUUCGCGGCCGAUCUCCAUAAAGCUUUGACAUCUCAAGGAAUUGUAGUUUACAGAGACCACGAAAACGAAGAAGGGAGAGGGAAACCGUUAGUGGAGAAGAUGAAAGCGGUGGAAGAAUCGAGGUGUUCGAUCGUGAUUUUUUCAGAGAACUAUGGGAAUUUGGUUUGCAUGAAGGAAAUAGAGAAGAUAGUAAUGUGUAAAGAGUUGAUGGAUCAAUUGGUUCUUCCCAUAUUUUACAAAAUAGAUCCAACCAAUGUGAGGAAGCAAAAGGGGAACUUUGAGAAGCAUUUUAAUGAACAUGAAGCAAAUCAUGAGAUUGAUAUUGAAGAAGUUGAAAGCUGGAGGAAGGGAUUCAUAUGCAAGGGGUGGAAACCCAGCCUUCAACAAAACCAACGAUGGAGAAGGAGAAGGAUUUCAAUUUGGAGACAAGGUGUGGAAACCAAGCCUUCAACGAAACUAACAACGGAGAACGAUAAGGGAUUUGGAGGCAAAGUGUGGAAACCGAGCUUCCAACAAAACCAAAGACGAAGAAGGAGAAGGAAAUCAAAGGAAAAGGGUGGAAACCGAGCAUUCAAUGAAACCAAUGACAGAGAAGGACAAGUGUUUGACAUAUGGGAUUCGGAGAAGGCAUUCAGAAAACGAAAAAGUAGACGGGAACAAAGAGAUGGGAACAAAGAAAGGGCUUGGAGAGAAGGGAGAAGGAUUACGAGAAAGAGGGAGAAGGAUUAA